CACAUCCAGCGAUCAUGGAUACUCUCGAAAGAGGAGUCAUGCAAAAGGAAGAAAAGCACAACACUCAACACACAAGUGCAUCAGAACAAGGACAAGAACAUAACCAUGCCAAUACCAAGACUAUGAACAACAUCGACGACAUCGAGAAGUCAGACACGAGGAAUGCAUCCAGCUCACUCGAUCAAACCGACGAACGCGAAGACUCAGCAGCCACUCCAACCGCCCCACCCUUCAAAUCCCUCUCCUUCCUCGACCAAUAUCUCGUCCUCUGGAUCCUCCUCUCCAUGGCCCUAGGCAUAAUCCUCUCCAACCUCGUCCCCUCAACCGGUCCCACCCUCCAACGCGGCGAAUUUGUCGGAGUUUCAAUCCCCAUCGCAAUCGGCCUCCUCGUCAUGAUGUACCCCAUCCUCUGCAAAGUCCGCUACGAAACCCUCCACCACCUCCUUAAAACUCGCGAACUCUGGUACCAGAUUGGGAUAUCCUUCGUUUUGAAUUGGAUCCUCGCACCGCUAUUCAUGACGGGUUUAGCGUGGGCUUUUUUACCUGAUAGGAGGGAAUUGCGAGAUGGAUUGAUUUUUGUCGGGGUCGCGAGGUGUAUUGCUAUGGUUCUCAUUUGGACGGAUCUGGCUGGUGGGGAUGGGGAUUAUUGUGCGGUGUUGGUGGCUUUUAAUUCGAUUUUGCAGAUUGUGUUGUUUGCGCCCAUGGCGGUGUUUUAUGUGCAGGUUGUUUCGAAGAGUCCGGCCCCGGUUGCGAAUGGUGGGUCGGACCUAUAUUCCAAGUCGGCAACGAGUGUGGCGGUUUUUCUUGGGAUCCCGUUGGGAGCUGCGGUGUUGACGAGGUUGGUUUUGUUGAGGCUGAUGGGCGAGAGGAGGUAUCAGCUUUACUUCAUCCGGUUCAUUGCGCCGUGGUCGUUGAUCGGGUUGUUGUAUACGAUCAUUGUGCUCUUUGGAUCGCAGGGCUUGCAAGUGGUGGAGCAGAUUACAUCGGUGCUGAGGGUCUGCGCUCCGCUGGUGGUCUACUUCUUGACCAUCUUUCCGCUGACAGCAUGGGCUAUGUGGAGAGCAGGCUUUGGAUACAAAGUCAGUUGCACGCAAAGCUUCACAGCUGCUAGCAACAAUUUUGAGCUCGCAAUCGCGGUCGUGGUGGCAGUGUAUGGUGCUGGCAGUCAAGAGGCUUUGGCGGCUACUGUGGGACCAUUGAUCGAGGUGCCCGUGCUUGUCGGGCUUGUGUAUGUGAUCAAGUGGUGUCAAAAGCGUUGGAACUGGUACAAGUAGUCUUGGAAGGAUAUCUAUAUGUCAGUAGUAUUCCUAUUGCCAAGGACUUCCAAUUCCAGGACCAUACAGAAGUGCCACUUGCUAGGUACAAUUUCGUGCCAAUGCAUCGACGUCAGACGCGACGCUUCGAAGUAUCUUGAUCCUGCUGGACGGCUGAAAUUGUUUGCAGAGACGUCCAUUCCACGAAUAUUUGCGAAGCCGGCUUGGCCGUCGUCAACGCCAUGACAUGCCAACAUCCUCUCCUCGGAGGGAGGAUUUGCAAUGUUCCACUCCGUUCUCUUUGAAUUUCUGCAUCCACAAAAUUUCAUU